AUGGGUACGGCGGGUCGCGAUUUCGAGCGCGACCGGGAGGACCAGCUCCACUGUCGAAUUUGCGCUAGUGAUAUACCAAAAAGCGAAGGGAUCCAUAUUUUCGCUGAGGAUGGUAGACGGUACUACCUGCAGACCAAAAUACGAAAAUAUCUGUACAUCUUGGUAUCUUCUGAAGAUAAGUUAUCAAAAAUGGUGUGUGUUACAUGCAUUAAAAGAUUAGAAAGCAUUCAUCGCUUUGCGAUGAUGGCAUAUAGAACACAGGAGAAACUAAGAUUACAAUUAUAUAAUAGCAUUGACAAUACAAAUGCUACACAAGAUGUAGAAUUGGAAUGUAUUGAAAGUAAAUUGAAAGACGUGCAGGAUGGAACAAAGAGGAUGGAAGAUCGGGGAUUGUUGCAUACAAUAUUAACAAAGGGUGCAAUAGAAAUUUUGGCUGAAGGUGAGCCAUUGGGACCAUCAGAAUUAUUGUUACAAGAAGACAAAUGUCCUACUCCAAACAUGGAAGAAAUGGAAGUCAAAGUAGAUCCAAUGUUAUUUUUACAAUAUGGUAUGGAAGAGUCAGGAUCAGAAUCCUCGGAGGCAUCAGACACUGAAGAUAAGAUAACAAGACUAGAUUCUCCAGAACCAUUACCAUUAACAAACAAAACUGAUCAUAUAAAAAAGGAGAAAAUAGAAGAGAACAGUGACGAUAGAUCACAACAAGAUGAUGAGGAACUAAUGUCUAAUGCACCAUUGAAACCUCAUGAAUGUACAAUAUGCUCUCGAUCUUUUAUAUCUCAGAUUGGUUUACAGAAUCAUUUAUGGUCACAUUUGCCUAAAGAUAAGCGACCGGAUGGAAAGCCUAUUCUAAGAUCACAACAAGUAUAUUCUACUAAUGGUGUACUUCACAUGAAUACUGAUAACAAUUCGUCUGGAAAUUUUGUCUGUCCAAUUUGUAGUAAAAAAAUAUCUACCAAGGGAAAUCUAAAAGUGCAUUUGGAAACUCACCGGCCUAAGGGAAAAUAUGGUUGUGACAUAUGCGGUAGAAUCUUCAAGACACAGUCAAAUUUAUUCAGACACAAAGAGUACCAUGGUGGAAUACAGUUUCCAUGUAAUGUAUGUGGGAGAGUUUAUCCAACAAAUUCAACAUUACGUGCUCAUAGUAUCACGCAUUCCGAUCUGAGACCGCACGCGUGUCCCCUUUGUGAUAAAACAUUUAAAAGAAAUCAAGAUUUAAAGUUUCACAUAAAUCAGCAUACAGGUGCAAGGCCUUAUCAGUGUCCCUAUUGUCCAAAAGCUUUUGCAAGCUCUGGAAACUGUUUUUCACAUCGUAAAAGAAUGCAUCCUCGAGAAGUACAUCGAGACAGGCAGAGAGCUGCAGAUUUAAUGAGAUGA